AUGCUAGUCGCAAAGAUGAACUGGCUACGUGCGGUAGUGUUAGCAUCGAUUGCUCUGAGCGUUCCGACACGAGCCGAUUGGUUCGAUUCGUGUGAUCGACAGUUUCAACUAACCAAUGUGGCGGAUGUAACGUUGAACUCUCCGUUCUAUCCGGCGAACUAUCCCGCCGGAAGCUCGUGUAGGUUUGUGAUACGUGCCCCGCCAGGUUACACAAUCCAGGCAACGUGUACCAUGAAUAUGGUCAAUCCCACCUCUGCUUGUACGACGGACUUUCUGUACGUGUCCACCGAAGGCUUUGCAUCGCCAGUGGGAAGCGAGUAUUUCUGUGGCAAGGGACAGAUCUCUCGGAGGUCACUGUUCAACAAGUUGACCAUCUCGUACAUCUCGUCCAGUGCGUCUAAUUCGGGAUCAUUCACGUGUCGAUUGGUUGUACAGCCACAGGAUUGUGAUUGCGGAUGGUCCAGGACUGCAAAGAUUGUCGGAGGCAGUGAGGCGGGUGUAAAUGAGUACACUUCCAUGGUGGGACUGCUUGAUCCACUUACGGUGAACGUGUUUUGUUCGGGAGUAAUAGUGAACUCGCGGUAUGUACUUACUGCCGCUCAUUGUACUCGCACCAUACCAAGCGUGAGUCGUGUACAGGCUCUUGUCGGUGAUCAUGACUAUCGCACCGGCCUGGAUACACCUUAUUCGGCGAUCUACAACAUUGAACAGAUUAUUUCACACGAGAACUAUAACGAGCAGACUCGCAACAAUGAUAUUGCCCUACUGAAAACCAGCACCGAGAUGGACUUCAACCGUGGUGUAGGACCGAUCUGUUUGCCCUUCAGCUACAGUACGUACAGCUUUGGUGGACUUCUGGUGGACAUUGCCGGCUGGGGUACGACAAGCUUCGGUGGUCCGAUGAGUACGGUUCUACGCAAAACAACGCUGAACGUGUUGCAAAACGCGAACUGCUCAGCACCGUACCUAAACGAUCAGAAGGUGUGCACCUUUGCUGUAGGCCGUGACUCCUGCCAGUACGAUUCGGGUGGCCCACUGUAUCUGCGAGGAAGCCAGCGUAUGUACACGAUCGGGAUCAUUAGCUACGGGUCGGCUUGUGCCGCUUCGACACCAUCCGUGGCAACCCGAGUUACGUCCUACCUGAGCUGGAUUCGUCAAAAAACACCCGAAGUAUCGUAUUGCGUUAAAUGA